AGCUGAGAUAAUAAGAUUUCAGGAGACAGUGUAUGCCAAUGAGGGAGAUUCAGCCUCCAUCAUCUGUGGUGUCAAUGGGAAUCCAUCAGUGGAGAACAUGGCUGUGUGGUCCAGACCACGGUUUGACAUGUCUAAAACUAAACAGGUGUACAGAAAUGGAGAGAGCCAGAUUGUGAUUCAGGAUCUAAUAAGAAGUGACUCUGGGAAAUUCACAUGUACAGCUGAUAACCAAGUAGCACAGCCCCAGACCAAAAAAGCCAACUUGGUGGUCAAAUAUUUUGCUGGCAUUGACAAGUCUCGACAGUAUGCUAAAGCAGGAGGAAAACAUGGAGAUACUGUGACCCUGAUCUGUAAGGCUGAAGGCACCCCAGAGAUGCAGUUUACAUGGCUGAAGGAGGACACAGAGUUGCAGAGCAACAGUAAAUAUGCCAUUAGUUCUACAUCAGCAGCUGACAUCUUUGACACUAAAUUUAAAAGUGAACUUACAGUGAGGAGUAUAGCCAAAGCUGAUUAUGGAACCUACACAUGUAAAGCUAGGAAUGACAGGGGCGAGGACCAGUUUAAUAUCAGACUCAAUGGCACUAUUCGAUGUUGA